AUGAAUUCUAACACUGGUGAACAUCCAGUGAUUAAUGUGAACAGUUAUACAUUACCAGACGUUUGCAUUGUAACUAGUGAAAAUCAACCACUUUUACUUCCAUCAACACCAACAAGUCCUCAUAUGGAUAUAGUAGAUAAUCCUCAUUUACCACCAUGGAACACAAAUAUAACAGAUGAUCCUGAAUAUGCUGAUGUUAUCAGACAAGCGGAAAGAGCUAUUGAAGGUGGAAUAUUACCAGCACGAAUAGCUGCCGGUUCAUCUGGUUCAUAUUUUGUUCGGAAUCUUGAAGUAAAAACUAUUGGAGUAUUCAAACCAAAAGAUGAAGAACCUUAUGGUCGAUUUAAUCCAAAAUGGACUAAAUGGUUACAUAAAACUCUCUGUCCAUGUUGUUUUGGUCGUGGAUGUCUUGUACCUAAUCAAGGCUAUCUUUCUGAAGCUGGUGCUAGUAUUAUUGAUGCAAAACUUCACCUUAAUAUCGUACCGAAAACACGAGUUGUUCGUUUAGCUGCUGAUUCAUUUAAUUAUCCAGCAUAUCAACGUCAUUUGAUGACAGCUAAACGUGAAAUAAAUGAAAGUGUUGGUCGACAUAUGCAUGGUAGAAGAGUCUUUCAACUAAAAGGAUUACAUCCUAAAGUUGGAUCAUUUCAAUUAUUUGUUGAAAAUUAUGUUGAUGCAGAUGUUUUUCUUAAACAAUUAGAACAUGAUCCAUUAUUACAAAGUGCAUCUAUUCAAUUUCAACGACAAUUUGAAAGACUUGUUGUAUUAGAUUAUAUUAUUCGUAAUACUGACCGCAAUAAUGGCAAUUGGUUGGUUAAAUACGAAGUCAAAAAAGACAACGAACGUGAUAUGAAUGAAAGUGAUGGCGAAGGCGAUCAUAUAAAUAAUGUUCCAGCAACGAUUACUACUGAUGAAACGACAAGUGCACAAACAACAGUUGACAUUCGUAUAGCAGCUAUUGAUAAUGGCCUUGCUUUUCCUUUUAAGCAUCCAGAUGAAUGGCGUACAUAUCCAUUCCAUUGGGCUUGGUUACCACAAGCUAAAACUCCAUUUUCCGAUGAAAUCAAGUCUCUUGUAUUACCAUUAUUAUCUGAUAUGAACUUUGUUCAACAUGAAUUAUGUGAUGAAAUUCAACGUUUAUUUUCUCAAGAUAAAAAUUACGAUCGUCGUGUAGUUGAACGACAAUUAUCUGUGAUGCGUGGACAAAUUCUAAAUUUAGCCCAAGCUAUGCGUGAUGGUAAAUCACCAUUUCAAUUAGUUCAAAUGCCUGGUGUUAUUGUUGAACGACUUACUGGUGGUGCUCAUGGUACUGCAUCUGGACCUAAACAAUUUAAACAGAAAUUUAAUGAUCGUUAUCCACUCUUUUCUUGCCAAGCAAUGAGCUGCACACUAGCAUCAGUCUUUGCUUCAUUACCACGUACGACUCGUGGUCAACCAAUUGUAUUAGGUGCUGAUCCAAAAGGAAAAACAUUUUUAUAUACAAAUGGCAAUAGUGUUUUCAUUCGUAAUAUUGAAGAUCCAUCACAAUGUGAAGUCUACACAGAACAUUCAACAGCUGUACAAUGUGCUAAAUAUUCACCUAGUGGAUCAUAUAUUGCUUCAGCUGAUGGUCAUGGUAAAGUUCGUAUAUGGGGUGCUGAUAAUAAAGAACAUAUAUUAAAAAAUGAAUUUCAACCAUUUUCUGGUUGUAUAAAAGAUUUAGCUUGGACAAGUGAUAAUCAGCGUAUUAUAGUUGGAGGCGAAGGAAAAGAAAAAUUUGGUCAUGUAUUUUCUGCUGAUGCUGGUAAUUCUGUUGGUGAAAUAUCUGGAAUGACAAAAGCAAUAAACUCAGUUGAUUUUAAACCAACUCGUCCAUUUCGUGCCAUAACUGGUAGUGAAGAUAAUGCUGUAUCAUUUUUUGAAGGACCACCAUUUAAAUGGAAAACAACAAUGUCUGAUCAUGAAAAAUUUGUUCAUGUUGUUCGUUAUUCACCUGAUGGAGAAAAAUUUGCAUCAGGUGCUGCUGAUGGACGUGUGAUUUUAUAUGAUGGAAAAACAGGUGAACGUUUAUCGGAAUUAGGCUCACCUACAGCUCAUACUGGCUCAAUUUAUGGUUUAUGUUGGGAUUCAACAAGUCGUUUUAUUUUAACUGCAUCAGGUGAUAAAACAGCAAAAAUUUGGGAUAUUACAACUGGUUCAGCUAUUCAAACAUAUACAUUUGGUACUGAUUUAAAAGAUCAACAAAUUGGUUGUCUAUGGUCUGGAAAUCAUAUUCUUUCAGUUUCACUUUCGGGUCAAAUAACAUAUCUUGAUCGAGAUGGAAAUAAACCAUCUCGUAUUAUUCGAGGUCAUAAUAAAAGUAUCACUGCUUUAACUGUAGCUCGUAAUGAAAGUCAAGGCACAAGAAUUUUUAGUGCUAGUCAUGAUGGACUUGUUGUUCGUUGGAGUAUAGAUGGAAAAGAAAUGAAUAAUAUUACUGGUGAUUGUCAUACGAAUCAAGUACAAUCAUUAGCAAGUAAUUCACGUGGUUUAGUAGCUUCAAUUGGUCUUGAUGAUACACUUCGUUUAUUAAAUUCGUCAUGGGAAUCAUAUGAUCGAAUGGAAAAAUUAGCUGGUCAACCACGUGGUAUAGCUAUAAAUGAUUCAAAUAUUAUUUUUAUUGUAUGUGGUUCAGCCGUAUGUAUGUAUCGCGAACAACAAGGUGUUCUUAUAACGCAUCCAUUACCAUUUGAACCAACAUCAAUUGCUGUUUCACCACAAGGUACACAAAUCGCCGUUGGUGGAAAAGAUAAUAAAACUCAUAUAUUCACUGUUGAUGGUACAGCAUUAAAUGGUCUUCGUGAAUUAGAACAACGUGAUAUUGUUGUUCGUGUUGCUUAUUCACCUGAUGGACGAUUUUUUGCUAGUGCUGAUAAUAUGAAAAAUAUAACAUGUUAUCAAUUACCAAAUUUUGAGCCGAUGAGUCGUGAUAUGUGGCGUUAUCAUGCAGCAACAGUAACUGAUCUUGCAUUUAGUCCUGAUGGAAAAAAAUUAGCAUCAGUUGCUAUUGAUACACAUUUAAUGAUUUAUCAAACUGAAAAUAUUACAAAAGUGACACAAGUUAAAGGUGCUCAUCCACUUAAUCCGGUUACAUGUUUAACUUGGUUAGAUAAUGAUACAUUACUAACCGGUGGUAAUGAUUGUUGUCUACGCAAAUGGACUGUCAAAUGUUAG